GAUUAAUCCAAUUAGCUCAGAAAAUUUAAUUGACGAUAGCGUAUUUUGUUGCCCAUGCCAAAUUACCCGACUCUUGUGGACAAUUGUUGUAAUACUCCGGAAUUCCAGAAAAGUCGUAAUUUUUAUUGGAUAUUUAUCUCUGUGUAUUCUAUCCUAAUAAAUUCACAAUCUCAUACUGAGUGCCGAGGACUACCAGACUUUACGGAAGGAGUACUAAUAGUCGCCUGGUAGCUUUCAUGUAAGAUACAAAAUAUAUAAACAACGAAAGGUACGUUGUGAGAAAUUACAAAAAAAUUAGCAUAAAAAUCAGUGACUUCCUGGAAGUUGAAUCUGUAAUAAUAGAGACAGCCCAUUACCCCACAGGUAUAUAUUGUGAGGAAAACUCAUAAAGUACUCACAGUUCCCCCAAUCUGAAUCAGACAUGGAGUCUGGUGUGCUACUGGUUCUACUCAGCUGUUUGUCCUGGACAUAUGGUCAGGAAGACGUAUCAAAAGCGUGUGUAAAAAUUACACACACUGAAUCAAAUGAAUCCCUCGUAAUCCCCAAAAACCCUGUGGUCCAAGGUUUAUUCAGAGACAAUGGGUGGUACACAAGUAUGAAAUGGAAGAAUGGUACGGACGGGCCUAUUAUGCUUAGCUUCAGACUGGAGCGAUAUACCUGGAAAUUCGGAUACGAGAUCACAGGAAUAGGAAAACCCUCGUGGGAAUUAAUAAACUGGGGCUCGGCGGAACUCUGCAGACAUAUCGGAAUCGGUGAAGAGGCAUCCUGGUCUCUCCUGGCACGAGACCUUUUGGGCAUCAAAGGAUGCCCAAUCAAACCGGGACUUGAAGAUCUGAAUAAACAUCUUCUUGGCGAUAAGUGCAGACCCAUGGAAUUCUUCGAGGAACUAGAUCUCUCGUACAAACAUAGGAUUUUCCUUGACGUAAUCGCAAACGGUCAUAAGAUACUCAGGGGUCAAUUAAUAAUUCCCAUCCAAUAAAGACUUUAGAUUUAUUUAUUCAAUAAUCACUAGGAAUAUUUGACGGUUGUAAAUAGGAUAUGAAAUCAAUGUAAAUAAAGAGCGAUGUAAUGAAGAGAGUAAAUGUGUAAAUAAAGAGCUGUAGUGAAAUAUCAGUUUUUUUU